UAACUGGCCCUUCUUUAUACUACGAAGUACAAAAUAAAUAAGAAAUAAAACUUGGGAGAGGCAACUGGCAGUGAGCCAGAACAGGAAGGUCAAGGAUCUCCAUCAAGACAUCAUUAACAGAAACCCAGAAUUCAGCGCAGUCUUUCCUGUCUAUCUUCAUUAUAUAAUCACUCCCUGAAUAUCUGGGCGAACCUUUUCUCUGUCAGGGAUUUCACAAAUCACAUAUUAUCCAUCUCAGCCUAAAAUUCUCACCAAAAGAAUGAACCACCUUUUCUGUGUGAUUUCCCAUUGCUGGGUAUACUUGGAACAAUGCUGAAACAAACUACCUGUCAUUUCUGGUGAUCCUUAUGCUGUCAUUCACAGGCUUCCCCUUUUUCUUAUCUUUCUUCUGUAUUACUGUAGAUCCUAUUUAUAAUUGAAGCCAGACGGGGAACGGGGAAUUGUUUCUCGUAAAUCAUGGAUUUCAGUAGUUCCAAGUCUGUAAGAUUCCAAGAUGAUCUUGAAUUGGCGAAAUAUGGAACUAGCAAUGGAGGUGCUAUGGUUAAGGUGAAGUAUAAGAUUGAUGGAUCCCAAUUUCCUGAUCAAACCUCUAUAAAGAGCGGGAAUUCGUUAAAGGCUAAAGUACUCUCACGAGUUUUCUCAGAAGACUAUGAGAGAGUGAAAAGGAAAAUAUUAGAUCCUCGUGGACCAACGAUCCGUAUAUGGAACAACGUCUUCUUAGUGGCUUGCUUGUUGUCUUUGUUUGUAGAUCCUCUCUUCUUUUACCUUCCGGUUGUCAGGGACAACUUCUGCAUAGAUUCAGAGUUUAAGGUUGAGGCUAUCCUUACCAUUGUAAGAUCAAUAGCCGAUAUCUUUUACAUGAUUCAAAUUUAUGUUCGGUUUCGGACCGCAUAUGUGGCUCCAUCUUCUCGAGUAUUUGGGAGAGGAGAGCUCGUUAUCGAUUCUUCAAAGAUAGCCUCAAGAUACCUGCGCGGCGGUUUUUGGAUUGAUGCCAUUGCUGCAAUACCACUCCCUCAGGUGUUGAGAUGGGCCGUCAUUCCUACUUUUGGAGGCUCAACAAAGUCAAACAUAAAAAAUAUACUUAGGUCAUGCAUCCUCUUUCAGUACCUCCCCAGACUUUAUCUCAUAUUUCCAUUGUCAUCUCAAAUCGUGAAGGCUACGGGUCUUGUGACUCAAACGGCUUGGGCUGGAGCUGCUUACAACUUGAUGCUUUAUAUGCUCGCUAGCCAUAUACUAGGAGCUUGCUGGUAUCUGCUUUCGAUUGAGAGACAGGAAGCAUGCUGGCACCAUAUCUGCAAUCUUGAGAAGCUAGCUUGUCAAUACAACUAUUUUGACUGCAAUAAGGCCAAAGACCCGAAAAGGAAUAUCUGGUUCCUUUCCAGCAAUAUUUCACAACAGUGCAGUCUUGAUACCGAAAGUGACUACCCAUUUGGUAUUUAUGAGGAAGCUGUCACUAGCUCAGUUACAUCUGCAAAGUUUUUCAACAAGUAUUUCUACUGUCUUUGGUGGGGCUUGAAGAACCUAAGUUCUCUGGGGCAAAGUCUUGCUACAAGCACUUAUGUUGGAGAAAUAAUGUUUGCCAUCAUGGUAGCAAUCUUGGGUCUUGUUCUGUUUGGCUUGCUUAUUGGAAAUAUGCAAACAUUUCUGCAAUCAACUACGGUCCGGUUAGAAGAGUGGAGAACCAAGAGAACAGAUACCGAAAGAUGGAUGCGGCAUAGGCAGCUACCUCUAGAGUUAAGGCAGUCUGUAAGGAAGUAUGAUCAGUAUAAAUGGAUUGCAACUAGAGGAGUUGACGAGGACGCUUUAUUGAAAGCUCUUCCUCUGGAUCUUCGACGCGACAUUAAGCGCCACUUGUGUUAUGAUCUUGUUCGACGGGUGCCUUUAUUCGAUGAAAUGGACGGAAGGAUGAUCGACGCCAUAUGCGAGAGGCUGAACCCCGUCCUAUGCACCAAGGGCACCUGCCUCAUGCGGGAGGGCGACCCCGUCAACGAGAUGCUCUUCAUCAUCCGCGGCAACCUCGACUCCUACACCACCAACGGCGGCCGCACCGGCUUCUUCAACUCCUGCACCAUCGGCCCCGCCGACUUCUGCGGCGAGGAGCUCCUGACCUGGGCCAUCGAUCCGCACCCCAGCCUCAUCCUCCCGUCCUCCACCCGCACCGUCAGAGCCGUCUCCGAGGUGGAGGCGUUCGCGCUCGUCGCGGACGACUUGAAGUUCGUGGCCGCGCAGUUCCGGAGGCUGCACAGCAAGCAGCUCCGGCACAAGUUCCGAUUCUACUCUCACCAGUGGCGGAUGUGGGCGGCGACUUUCAUUCAGGCGGCCUGGCGGAGGCAUAAGAAGCGGAUGACUGCGGCCAAGGUCAGGGCGUUCAUGGAGGAUGUCGAUGAUGAUGAUUGUGAGAAGGAGGAAGCGGAUUCGAGUAAUUCGGGAUCGGUAAGUUUAGGAUUAGCUGUUAGUGCUGCGAAAUUGGCGGCAUCAGGUCGUAGGGUUCAUCACAGACACUCUGAUUCUAAUUCUAGGGCUGUUGUUGCAUCUCUGCAGAAGCCUGCAGAACCUGAUUUCUCUGUAGAUUUUGCUUGAUAUUGAUUUUUAUAUAAGCAGUAUAUAUGUGUAAUUUGAAUCAAAUCCUGCAUAUUUCACUCACUAUGAACUUUCUUCACUGUAUCAUCUGAGUUCAUAGAUUCUAACUUUGAUGUAAUUAUAAUUUUGAAAGUAGCUCAAUUAGAA